AUGGAAGGCUGGUACACACUGCUUAAACGAAACACGUUAAAGGAACUGUUGGAGGUUAGUGGAAGGAUUGCUAGUAACAAAACCAAGCCGGUCAUUAUUGCUGAGUUAAUGGAGCUAGACCGGGAGAACUUGGUUGCAGCAACACCGACCGUUUGGGAGAUGGAGACACCG